CAAUGCUGUACUUAAAAUGUAGAAGUUUGGCAAUUGUUUGUCAACCGCCUUUCCGCCUUUUGACAGCUACUGAGCAAUCAUGGCAGUCCGCUACGAACUUUGCGUUGGUCUCAAUAAGGGACAUAAAACUACCAAGGUGAAGAAUGUGAAAUAUACUGGAGACAAGAAGGUUAAAGGCCUUCGAGGGUCACGUCUAAAGAAUAUUCAAACCCGUCACACAAAAUUCAUGAGGGAUUUGGUACGUGAAGUUGUGGGACAUGCUCCUUAUGAGAAGAGAACCAUGGAAUUGUUGAAGGUUUCAAAAGAUAAGCGUGCUUUGAAAUUUUUGAAACGUCGAUUGGGUACUCACAUACGUGCCAAAAGGAAGCGUGAGGAGCUGUCCAACAUACUUACUCAAAUGAGAAAGGCUCAAACCCAUGCAAAGUAAUUGAUCAUAUGAAUUGUUUUUUAAAAGAAAUAAAUUAAGGACAGAAGUUCUUUCGAGUAAU